AUUAUUUAAAUUGACAAUGAAUAUUAAAAUAGUAUAUAACACAAAAACCCACAAAAUCUCAACAGUGCACAAAACCCUAGAGGCAAUCAAAAACGCAAUCCAAAACCUCUACCCAAAACAACUGGAGAAAGGAUUCGACCUCUAUGUCACACUACAUCCCUGUAAGACUUUUAAAUAUUUAUAGAAAUGGAGCCCUUCAAAAUUUAGGAUGAAGAAGCCUUACUCAGAAUCUAAUAAAUCUACGCCCAGAUGAAAUGGACUUCCAUUAAAUUUUUAGUUAAGGAUUCCACCAAUCCCAAUCUAACCAAUGACGACCUUUCAAUACUCAAUUAGAGCGUAAUCACUCAAUCUAAUGUCCAACUAUCUGCAGUCAGGAAUCUCCUUCAAGAAUCCCAACCACAAAACCAAGAACAAUUCAAAGAAUAGAAAUAAUAAAUUGUAUUCGAAGAAAAUAUGCCUGAUACAAACUUAACCUAAGAGUAUAUUCAAUAUGUAAACUAGGAUUAUCAAUUAAAUUGAAAAGUAGGAGCUUUUGGGAUUCGAUUAUCACUCUGAAGAGUUUAAAUAAUUUGUCAUUUAACGAAUAGAUAAUAGACUUAAACAUCAUGGAAUAUUAUAAGCUUAAAAUUUAUAAGCUUAAUAACCCAAAUAGUAUAAGAUGGAAUUAAAGCAACAAGACUUCAUAAUAACCAAAUAUGCAGAUGAAAAAUUUGAAUUGAAAUUUGAAGUUGUCAAUACAGGUAACUAAGUUUGGAAAAGAAAUCAAGUAGCUUUUGUUGGAAUUAGUGGAUUUUUAAAAAAUUUUAGAAUUGAAGUAAUUAAUAAUUUAAGUGUUAGUUAUAAGAUGAUGUCCUUCCAAGAAUGACAGCUUAAUUCUCAUUUCUUUGUUAGAUGCCAAAAGAAGAAAUUUAGAAUUAAAAAAAUGAAUUUUAAGUAAUAAUACAUGAUUGAUUAAAAUAGUUGACUUAUAAAGAUGAGUAAAAUUAAAUCAACUUCUUUGGCAAAAAAAUAACAUUGGUAGUUACAGUGAAAAAGAAUUUCUAAUAAAUUAAGGAUGAGAAAAUCAAUUAAUUGAUGGAAAGUGUACAAAUAUCGUUGGAAUAGGCAACGGAAUUUUUAGAAAUGUAUGGAAGUGAGGAUAAAAUUGAUGACAUUAUUUUAGCUUAUUUAGAACAACCUAAGUGAAGAUUUCUA